CUAAUCAUAAGUGGGGUCCACAUCUCUCUCCUAUCCUCUUCUUCCUCACGCACGUGGCGGAGCGGAGGAAUGGAGCGACGGCCCGAGCCGGGACGGCUCGGCGCGCAGCAGAAAAAGCGGCGGCGCUCCGCCAGGGUCUCACCGCCAGCGACGGCGAGGCGCGACGGCCACCAUACGCACGGCGCGACGGACAGGUUUGAGGUGGAUCCAUGGCGACGGGUCGGUGGAGAACAGGACCUGCAGACCGCGGCCUGCGGCGGCGGCGACGGCGCCGUGGGGCUCAGCUUCGAGACGCACCACGGCGGCGGCGUGGCGCCUUCACCAGAGUUCGCGGCGUGCACGGCGAGCUCCUGCAGCGCGGCGAGCUCCUGGUGCACCAUGACCGGCCGAGCCAUCACCACCGCCGUCGCUUCCCAACGCCGCAACCAGCCGAAGCCGCCGCCGCAGUUGAAGUUGGAUGGGGAUUUCAGGUACUGAGGCUGAGGGCAUUUCCGUCCUUUUGAAAUUUCUCUCUCCUCUUUUUCACUGAAAAUAAUAAAAUAUUGCCUCGGGUGUCCUAUAGCUAAUUGCACAAAUUUUAUAGUGUCCAUUGGCAGUGUCGCCUUUUUUGGGUGUCUUCUAGCUAAUUACAUGAUUUUUGGAUAUCCUGUGGCAAAUUUUGCCUAUUUUUUGUGCUUGUAAAUGAUCAAGAAAUAAUAUUAAUAUACAUUUGUUGACAUGUUCAA